AUGGAUUCUGUGUACCGGCAAGGAGGAAGAGGCGGAACCGCCCUUGUCGAUGGUGACUUAUAUGAACUUAAUGAUGCUAGAAACCUAGUGGAAGAAACGUUUGAUGAGGAUGAUGGUAGCGGAGGUGGAACACAUGAUAUGGAUGACAUAUCCCAAGGAUCGGAGGAUGACGAAGUUGAUGUUGCCUCCGCGGACGAAGAUGACUUGACUUCGGGGCCAAGUACUUCGGAUGAUGUGUUGGAGGACGAGUACAGAUCCGAGCCUAGCAGUGAGGAUGAAAGUGAUUGUUGUGAGGGAGGGUUUGCGAACGCAAUAUGUGUCCCAGUUGAUGGGUCAUUAAGAAUGGAAUACAAUGACGUCGAAUUGAGGCAAUUGAAGGCUAUCCAUGUGGAGGUACCCUCGGUACCAAAUUUCAUGGACAUUAGUACGGUUGACGAGGCAAUAUGUGACACUGGUUUGACGUUGUUGGCCAAUGAGGUACCAGAUAGUGAGGAGGUGGAGAUUAAGAAGGGAAUGAGAUUUGAUACGUUGGAGCAUCUCAAGUAUUUCCUGAUGGAUUAUGCCGUUAGGUUUCAUAGGCCAUAUUAUGUGACCCACUCCGACAACAACAAGGGGUACACGGUGCUUUGCAAGAAUGGAUGUCAAUGGGGUCUUCGGGCUCGGAGGCAGAGAAAUGAAAAGUGGAAGAUUUGCAAUGUUUUCAACUAA